AUCUCGUCAAUCAACGAGAAUAACAAAAGUAAUAGCCCAUCCUUCAAGAGCGAUCGAAAUUCAAUUUGAAAAACCAUCUUUUUCCUACAAAGCUGGUCAAUAUUUAUUUUUAAAUGUUCCUGACAUCUCUUCCUUUCAAUGGCAUCCUUUCACCAUCACUUCUGCACCUGAUGAUCCUUAUGUUUCAUUACACAUUCGUCAAGUUGGUGAUUUCACUAAUAAACUUGGUGAAAUACUUGGCUGUCAAGAGGCUUCUUCUGCUGAUAAUAAAUUUGACUUCAAGAAAGUUUUACCUUUAAUUAGAGUUGAUGGUUCUUAUGGUGCUCCCGCUGAAGAUGUAUUCAAUAAUGAAAUUGCUAUAUUGAUUGGUUGUGGUAUUGGUGUGACUCCAUUUGCUUCAAUCCUUAAAAAUAUUUUCUACCAGCAUAAAUUUAAACGUCCUUCAAAACUUAAACGUGUAGAAUUUUUCUGGAUUUGUCGUGAGACUGGAUCGUUUGAAUGGUUCCAAUCUUUAUUGAAGACACUAGAGGAUUCACAAUUAGAAGAAGGUUUCUUAAAAGUUCACAUUUAUCUCACCUCUAAACUACGUGAAUCGACAAUUCAAAACAUCAUAAUCAAUGAUGUGUCAAGUUCUUAUGACCCGUUAACUGAUUUGGAAUCUAGAACUUGUUAUGGCAGACCAAACUUUAAUUAUAUCUUUAGUCAAUUGAAAAAAGCGAUUGAAACUGGUAGAUAUUUACCAGGAAAAGAAAGCAGCUUAACGACAAAUGUUGGUGUCUAUUAUUGUGGUCCUACUCCUUUAGCUAAAAGCCUUAAAGCUGAAUGUAAACUUGCUAAUGAUGAUGGAAUAAACUUCCGUUUCCGUAAAGAACAUUUUUAA